AUGGUGGGACAUCCUUCCAUGGUGGGACUUCCAUGGUGGGACAUCCAUGGUGGGACAUCCUUCCAUGGUGGGACAUCCUUCCAUGGUGGGACAUCCAUGGUGGGACUUCCAUGGUGGGACAUCCUUCCAUGGUGGGACAUCCUUCCAUGGUGGGACAUCCUUCCAUGGUGGGACUUCCAUGGUGGGACUUCCAUGGUGGGACAUCCUUCCAUGGUGGGACUUCCAUGGUGGGACAUCCUUCCAUGGUGGGACUUCCAUGGUGGGACGUCCAUGGUGGGACUUCCAUGGUGGGACAUCCUUCCAUGGUGGGACAUCCUUCCAUGGUGGGACAUCCUUCCAUGGUGCCACCAUCACCGCCUUCUACCUGCGCCGCAAGUGACACCCAGGGGACAUCCAUGGUGGGACAUCCUUCCAUGGUGGGACAUCAAUGGUGGGACAUCCAUGGUGGGACAUCCUUCCAUGGUGGGACAUCCUUCCAUGGUGCCACCAUCACCACCUUCUACCUGCGCCGCAAGUGACAGCGCCACCAGCCAGGGAUGCCCGUGGUGGGACAUCCAUGGUGGGACGGACAUCCAUGGUGGGACAUCCAUGGUGGGACAUCCAUGGUGGGACAUCCUUCCAUGGUGCCACCACCAUCAGCUUCUACCUGUGCUGCAAGUGACACCCAGGGGACUUCCAGGGGUUGCGGACAUCCAUGGUGGGACAUCCUUCCAUGGUGGGACAUCCAUGAUGGGACAUCCAUGGUGGGACAUCCAUGGUGGACAUCCAUGGUGGACAUCCAUGGUGGGACAUCCAUGGUGGGACAUCCAUGGUGGGACAUCCAUGGUGGGACAUCCAUGGUUGGACAUCCAUGGUGGGACAUCCAUGGUGGGACAUCCAUGGGUUGGGGACAUCCAUGGUGGGACAUCCAUGGUGGACAUCCACGGCUCUCCCCACGCUCCGGUCACUCCUCCGGCCACUCCGGCCACUGCUCUGGUCACUGCUCCGGCCACUCCGGCCACUGCUCCGGUCACUGCUCCGGUCACUCCUCCGGCCACUCUGGUCACUCCGGUCACUCCUCCGGCCACUGUGGAGCCGCUGCCCAAGGUCCGGCUGUAG